GGCUGACAAAAGCGCUGACAAAGUGAUGGCGAGCACCGCCACAACUCGUAAGCGAGGAAAGAAGAGCUAUGCAUGAUCUCGUCUGUGUCCCGUCUGGAGCAUCACGAGGCCUCCCAGCAGCUGAUGACGACUCUGCGCGUGUGUGUGUUUGUGUUCAGGUCGCAAGAGUCUCCAUCCGCUGCCCAUCCUUGAUGAAACCGCCCUCCUGGAGGUAACGAACGGAACAAGAAAGGACAACCGAGAGGUGCAGACAACGCGUUGUUCCUGCGUGUCCUUUUUUUAGGCAUUCUCGGCAGAAGGCGUCAAGGAGCGCCAUGCGCACACCAUCUGGCGGCACGUGGUGCAGCAGCGGGAGGCUCUCGACUCCAUCCACGACAAGGUCAACAUCCCACACAAGGCGCACGACAUCAUCACAACGCGAUUCGCACGCACCACCUCGCGCGUUGUCGAACGAUCCGACUCAUCCGGUAUACGUGUACACACGCACCGCCAGACAGUGCCGGCCGAGAGAUGCAUCUUGUGCGUGUGUGUGUGUGUGUGUGAAUGUCCACCAUAGACGGUUCGACAACCAAGCUGUUGAUAGAGCUGCAGGACGGGCGGCGCAUUGAGACUGUCAUCAUGCGAUACGGCCACGUGCAGCUGAGGUCCUUCCCAGAGCAGCUGCAGCUGCGGCGCGACGACGGGUCUGUGGAGUUCCGGUCGUCCAGAAGGGCCACCGUCUGCAUAUCCUCUCAAGUCGGCUGCCAAAUGGGAUGCACCUUCUGGUACGAGGAGAACGGACCGAUAGACAGACAGACGUUGGUUGACCCACACGCCGGCCAUGCAGCAAUGCAAUGGUGGUGUGUCUUGUGUUGUGGUGUGUUGUGGUGUGUUGUGGUGUGUUGUGUGUUUUGUGAAUCCGUUCAUUCGUUGAUUCAGUGCGACGGGUACGAUGGGUCUGUUGUCGAAUUUGACGUCUGGUGAGAUCCUGGAGCAGCUCUACCACGCAAACGGGGUCGAAAGGAUACGGAACGUCGUCUUCAUGGGGUAAGCAAGGGAAGGACACUACACUCUGACAGAAGAUACAAUACACACUUGGAUGGAUGGAUGGAUGGCCUCUUCUCCUUGUGUGCUUGAUCGGAUCGAUCAGGAUGGGAGGUACGCACCGCAGAGCUGCUGUCCUGUCCUGUCCAUGCACUCACUCAUCGCCACGACACACCAUGUUCGUCGUGACACGUGCUGUGCUGUGCUGUGCUGUUGCCUUGCUUGUUUGCCCCCCGCAGAGCCUCUAGACAACUACGAGGAGGUGCUCAAGGCCAUCCGUGCCAUGACGGAUGCGCGGCGAUUCAACCUCUCCCCCACACGCAUCUCCAUCUCUACCGUGGGCGUCGUCAAAAGACUCAGACAACUCGCCACUGACGCACCAGGUAGGUACAGUCACUUACACGCACCAUGUGACGUGACACACACCUAUACUCACAUGGGAUGCACAUCCCAUGUGUGUGUAUGCUAUGUUAUGUGCAGGUGUGUCCCUUGCUUUGUCGCUGCACGCGCCCACGCAGGAGUUGCGGAGCGUGAUAGUGCCGACCUCCAAGGCAUGGCCGCUCGAGCGGAUCCUCGAGGCCACGGACCACUUCAUCCGGUCUUCCAAGAAGCUCUCGUCACGAUAUCACAAAAACCAGGUCGGUGAGGGGAUGCAUACAAAGCUUGUGCUCUCAGGGUAAGGGCACGCUUUGAUAUAUGGAAACUUGAUUGGGUUGUGUCAUUGUCAUUGUGUGUGUCAGGCUGUGACGAUGGAGUACGUGUUGAUAUCGGGGGUCAACUCAUCGGAGGAGACCGCACACCAACUCGGCAAGCUGCUCCAGCCGAGGAAAGACGGUCAGAGCCUCAGCACAGCACAGGCAGACCGACACACGAACCGAAACGGAGAGACGUCUGUGUCUUGUCUGUCUAUGUGCGUGUGCAGAUGUGUGUCUGAAUGUGAUCCCCUACAACCCCACCGACGUGCCCUUCGACUACCAGCCGCCGUCAGCCAGCGAGACCGAGGCGUUCGGCAGCAUCGUACGCUCCCACGGCAUUACCGUCACCGUCAGACAAGAGCUCGGACAGGACAUCGCGUCUGCAUGUGGGCAGCUGGUCGUGACGCGAGAGAAGGACAGGGCCGAUGCGCCGACGUCGGCGGACAUCGAGCAGGCAUCUGUUGCUCGGAGCGAGAGUCGGUGGCACACGACGCAGUUUCGCCGAUGGAUGACACCCACUCGGCAAUUGAUUAAGAGGGAGAGGGGUGUAGGUGCGCUGAGAUGGGGAGUGCUAGGCCUUUCGGUUGCGUGUUGCGCUGCACUUGCUGUCGGCAUGGUGGUGAUGAGACAAAGGCGGACAGUCAGAUAGCUAGUGGGAGGAGAACUGACUGACCGCCGGCGCCUUCUCGCGUUGAGGUGCAUUGGGUGCGGAUGGAAUGGAUGAGUUGUGGAACUGUGAGAUGUGUGUGCAUGAAUAAAUGUGACUGACAUGGAAAGGGCGAAGCCAUGGAUGCCGCAUGGAAAGGGCGAAGCCAUGGAUGCC